AUGUCGAAAGUAUUGAUUACGUAGGUUUCACGAAAAUCGUGGUAAUCCUAAGAAUAAAAUCUGACACCCCAUGAAAUUGGAGGGUGAAUCUGUGGAGCUCGUACCACGCAUCGUAAAUUUCGUCCUAAUGUCCUGUGUGUCGCGCGUGGUUCGCGAGUCUUCUCCCAGGUGGCGCUGCGUCAACCUGUUCCCAGGUGAAGCGGAUCAAUGCGCAUGUGUGUCGACCUAUCGCCCGACUCGAGCCACGCUCGGGCCUCUGUGUCAGCAGUAGUGCGGCGCCCGUGUUGAGGGUCGGUGUUUUUCGUCUCAGUCAAAGCGACAGACCGAUUCGCUAGAAAAUUAAACAAAUAUGCGCGCGACAUAGUCCGCAAGGGGGAAAUUCGUCGUCAGAAGAUGAGUGUCGUACGCGUUAUUUGACCAGGACCAUCAAUCAGCAAUACAAAAACUUGAGUACAAAGAAUUAAAAAAAAAACAAAAAAAAAAGAAACAAAAAAGAAAAUCGAAAAAAACGAAACUAACGAAAGGUACCACGAGGUAAAACGAGAUAUAAAAAAAAAAAGGAGAAAGGAGAAAUUAAAGGAACAAAAAGACAAAAGUUCAAGGCGAGGACAAUCUUCAAACCAAUGUUACCUAACUAAUUAAUCGUCUAUCGAUUCCAUCGUAUUUCUAUCGACGACUGAAAUGUAUAUUCAUCUAUAAAUGUAUCGAGAGUUGAUAACGAGAGAUUAUUAUUGAUUACUGUUAACGUUAAGGGUACUUUGCAAGUUUCGCGGGACAAAAAACAAGAACGAUACAAUCAAUUUAAGAAACGAUUAUUAUAACGAAUACGGUUGGAUACAUUUAAUAAAGUAUAUAUACAUAUAUAUAUAUAUAUAUAUAUAGAUGUUAAAUAUAUUGUAACUAUAUGAAAGCAGUUUGUGUCCAUGGGGUCCGCGUUUAAAGAGAUUAUCGAUCAAACGUACGUUUGUUUUUAUUGUUAGAAAUUUUAGGAGGAGAUUAUAUAUUGCACAGCGUGGCGAGAAGAUUCGAUUUGGAGGAAUAACAAAAGAUACGAGACUACAGAAUAUUCCCGUGUCGGAGGGAAUACCAUUUCGAGCUGUUAGCCUAAGCGUCCACGCAAUGAAUCUCGAAGUGGAGCUGAUCGCGGGGGUGAUCAAGGGCGAGCCACCCCCGAAAAGCCUGCCCGCCCCGAGGCUGAUAAAAGUCUUCAUCGCUGGAGAACGGAAUGAGUUCGUGGAGGAAAGGAAACAAUUAUUGGAAUUCGUUGGACCUGAACUGCAAUCGAUUUACGACGGCAUGGGAAUCGAGGUUCUCUUGGUGGACAUGCAAUAUGCAACGAACGUGAAUCCUGAUAGAAACCCAUACUUAGCUGAACAUUUUUUUAACGAAAUACAUGCCGCUUAUCAACACUCGAGGGGUUGUUUUCUACUACUGCUGGUUGGAGAAGAGUACAACGUUGGAUGGCUGCCACCAGAAUUGAGCACAGAAAGUUAUGGAAUCCUUUCUAGUCGUUGUUCCAUGAUGGAGGAGUAUUACGAGUGCAAUAACGAUUGCUAUGUCCUAAAGGCAGACAGAUUGAGGGCAGCGAGCGACAACUGGCAAAGCGAGGAGCCAGAAAUGAGGGAAACGUUGAAAAAGGUCGCAGAAUCCGUCGUCUCCGAUAAAUGUGAUAACGAAGAAAUCAGAAACAUAUUGAAGAGCUCUGCUGAGAGGCAGCUGGAGUACGCUAUAAAUUUGGACGAAACGCGCGAGGGAAUCGUGGCUGUGAUACGUUCCUGGAAGGGCAAGAAGAACUCGAAGGCGGUGACGUCCCUGAAGUCGUUCAUCUCCGACAAUCUCCCGCCCGAGAACAUAAUCAACGUAGAAGUGGAUCAGAAGUCGGGUGGGAUCAACCCGGACAGAGUUCACAAGGGUUACCUGUCUCAUCUCUGUCGUUUGGUGGUGAAUCGGCUGCAGACCCUAGUCAACGCCUCCAUCGAGGAGGAUCCAGAGAUAAAAAGCAAAAAGAAGAUGGUGCAAGAGAUUUACGCUGAGAGCCUGAUGCACCUAGCCCUGUUAAGGGACAUCAAACCCUGCGAGUGCAACGAAAACGUCGAGAGGAUCAAGGAACUCCUGCAUCUAGGUAAAUCGCAGAAGCACAGACCAAUACUGAUAAAAGGGGGCAAGUACACUGAGAAAACCGCUCUGCUUUCGAGAAUUUACACGGACGCCUCCUCCUGGUUGGAUUGCACCACGUUCAGGGUGGUUCGACUCUGUGGAGCGACUCCUAGAUCCGCCUAUAGUUUAGAACUGCUCAGAGUGCUAUGUCAACACAUUGGUUUCCUCUCUGGGCUGUUGGAUGGCAACCUUCCUAAAGACGCCUCGUUCGAUCCCCUCUAUUUGAACAACUGGUUCAGCCAGAUCAUGAGACGAAUCGAGGAGGAACCGAUGAAGGAACAGCUCCUGAUCCUCAUCGAUGACCUCCAUCGACUGCAGCCACUGGAGUGCAACAUUGUCGCUGCCCUGUCGUGGCUGCCUUUGUAUUUACCAGCAGGGGUCCAUCUGGUGGUAACGACAGCUGUUCCCCCGGAAUUACUGCGCCUGACCCCCGCACAAAAGGAAAUACUGCGCAGCAACGAGGUUCUGGUGGAGCUACAGGACCCAGGAGUCGACUCUCACGAGACUGAGAACGUCUUCGACGCUUUGGAGGGUCUCAUAGGCGAGAACGCUGCCAACCGAAUUGGCGCCAUCUUGGCUUGCACGGAGUACGGGCUCUCGGAGACGGAAGUCCUCGAGAUGGUCAUGCAAACCUCUGACGAUGGUCCCUCGUUCCUCGAGGAUGGACUCUUCAACUUCUCGACCUGGUGCUUGGUCAGAAGAGCGUUCGACAAAAGUUUGAGGGUUCGCGUGAUGAGUGGGAGGCUGCUUUUCGGUUGGCGUCAUACGAUCCGCGACCUGGCUCGAAAGAAGUACUUCGUCAACCAGGAGACCUUGAAGAGCUACCACGGCGAGCUGGCGAACCUCUUCUUCUGGGAGGACUUCGACUUCAAGGACGACAAAUCGUCGCCAGAAGUGGAGACGCCCAAGAAGGAGACGCCCUACCAGAGCAGACCAGUGUCUCAGGACAUUGCUUACAAUCUGAGACACGUCGAGGAGGCCUGGUUGCACCUUUUGCAAGCUGGCCACGUGGAGAAGCUGAAGAAACUGGCCGUCUGUGCUUUCGAUUUCCUCCUGGCGGCUGUGCAAAUGGUCUCUGUCAGCUACUUGAGAUGUGUUCUUGAGCACUCGAGGAGGUACCUUCUCGAGAGGGACUUGGAGCUGGUUUAUUACACUGUCAGGAAGUCCAGCGACAUCUUGACGAGGGAUCCCCUUCAGCUUGGAGCACAACUCAUUUGUUGGCUGAGGCCUGUUGCAGAAGAUGGCAGCGAUUUGGUUAGCAAAAUGGUGACUGCAGCGAUGGCCUGGUGCGAUGGAUACACUGCUCCCUUAUUGGUCCCAUUGAAUGGGUGGCUUCAACCACCUUUACCCCUUCAAAUUCGUAGUUUAUCUUGCCCACAAGGGGUGAAACUCGUCGAAGCUGCUCCUUCCGGACAGCACGUUAUCGUCGUCCCUGCCCAGGGAGACGCUCAGCUCUGGCACGUGAUGUCUGGCCAGCUGGUUCACACUUUCUCUGGACAUUCGGGUCCAAUCUCGUGCUUAGCUGUAACACAACACUCGCAGUAUUUGCUGACAGGCUCCGAGGAUACGUCGAUUAUAGUGUGGAACAUGAAAACAUUAUCUAUGUCAUUGAAGAUCCAAGAACACAUCGCUCCUGUUUUGUGUUUGACUACUUCGCUCACGAAUUUAGUGAUUGUCAGCGGCGGCGAAGAUUCCAGGAUCAUCGUGACAAGCUUGCAGAACGGUGAGGUCCUGAUCAGGGUCGAUCACCAUAGGGGACCAGUAAACUCGAUCCGCGUGGAUUCCGCUGGCGAGAUCCUCGUGUCCGGUUCGUCGGACUGUACAGUUUGUUUGUGGUGCCUGAAGACGUUCACGAUGUUGAAGAGCAUCGGGUUACCAUCGGCGGUGACGAUGCUGGACGUGUCAGCGGAUUCUGUGUUUCUGUUGGCGACCUGCGAGGACCAGAAGUUGUACCUGAGAUCGUUGGCCACGGGGACCGAGAUUCACACGUUGAGGGGCCACCAGGGGGUCGUAAAAAGCAUUUGUCUGGCGCGAGACUGCAGAAGAGCGAUCGCUGGUGGCACCAAUGGCAAGGUUUCCGUGUUCGACAUGCACAGUGGAAGAUUGACGAGGACUCUGAACACCAACCCCUCGGCGGACGUUACGGCUGUUAAAGUGACGGAGAAAGAUGACUUCCUGAUAACAGCCGCCGAGAACCGGGUGAUGUAUUGGAGUUUUCGCGGAGAGGAGGCGUUUUCGAAGCCCAAGAAAACCGGCAAGCAGGAAUCCUUGCACCCUCACACGGCUUCCAUCACUUGCUUGGAUAUAUCCAGGGACGGAGCAAUGGCUGUCACAGGGGGCGUCGACUCCCUCGUGAAUCUCUGGCAACUGAACACCCACGAGUUGCUCUCCACUUUCGAGGGCCACAUUGCCAGCGUCACGUGCAUCGCGUUCUCGGCUUCCGGUUUAUUUAUCGCUUCCGGUUCAGAGGACAAGACAGUUCGCGUUUGGGGGUUGACGUUAGGCCUAGUGGUGGCUACAUUCAAGCAUCAAGCACCCGUUACAACCGUGACAGCGAUGUUCGAUGGUCGAAGAAUCGUCAGUUCCGACAGGGGAGGUGCAAUUCGUGUUUGGGCAGCCGACACAGGCACCCUAAUUCAGUCUGUGUGCGGCCCUGGUCGUUGCAUCACCGUUGCUCCUGACAUGAGGUACGCAGUGUGCGAAACUGGUGACAAUCAAGUACGAAUAGUAAGUUUAGGGGCUGGUCCCGAAGAGAAGUACCAGGUGUCGCAUUCUCAAGACAUCACCUGCCUCGUGGUCACUCCAGACUCUCGAUCUCUGAUCACGGGAUCCAUCGACAUGAGCUUGAAGGUCUGGCAACUCGCUGGUGGCAAACUAUCGCAGGUCCUCGUGGGGCACACAGACCAUGUGACCUGCGUGGCAGUUUCCGUCCUGGACAAGUCCAUAGUCGUGUCCGGGUCCAGGGACGCGAAUCUCAUAGUUUGGGACAUAAACACAGGGGCUGAUCUCCACACUCUGAAAGGCCACUUGGGUUUCAUCACUUGCGUGAAAUUGUCUGGCGAUGGGAGUCUGGCUGCAUCGGGCAGCGAAGACAAGAGUCUGAUUAUUUGGGACACGAAGAAGGGCUGUUCUCUGAGCAGUAUCAUGUUGCACGUUCCUGUGGUGGGUCUCGAGGUGUCCACGGACCUAUCCAGGCUUGCUUUGCACCUGCUGGAGCAGAAGUGCAUGCCCAUUCUCUGUUUGCACAAUACUCCGGCGCAGUAUGUCAAGUUGCCGGAUUAUGUGGCGCCUUGGUGCGAUAUCAGAGACAUGAGACCGCCUGGACCGAAAAGACCUAACAAGAGACUGCUGAAGAAGGAGGUGUCCUUGGACAGUGACACGUGGCAUAGAAAAUAUGGUCACCUCACGUCAGGGAUAUCAGCGUCUUCGGUGGAAAAUUUACAACGACGAUUUAGUGUAAGCGCUUCCAUGGACGAGAUAAGUAAAGUUGGAUUAACGAAUAGUCCCUCGGGCCUUGGGCCUGAACAGGCAGCACUAGCUCAGUCCCAACACUUCGACCAACUCGAGGCCCUUUGGAACAAACCCUCACCGCCUUCUAGACCACGUAUGCACGGCAGAACUUUGUCCAAACAAAGUUCGCUCCAAGCCACGCGAAUAUCUGAUUCUGACGAAGAAGAUGCACCAGUAUAAAAUAACAUUUCGUUAGAAGAUGAAUGGGCUGAGCUGUGGGAAAUUCCAAUUGUCGUACCUUCUCCUCUCAUCGAUUGUCUUUCAAACAACAGAAACAG